AUGUUAUGCGCCGAAUUUUUUUGGGUCGCUCACAAAAAAGGCGGAAUGAAAACCGAGCUGGAGCGCUUAUCAGCAGAAACGAUCGGUGACAAGGCAGCAGUGCAAACGUAUCACUGCCGAAGAUCGUUUUGUCGAGUGCAGAUAUGCAAACACUCAAAUUUGGACACCGGAAGAUCUGUUUUGUUGAUAAUAACAAUAACGGUAAGGGAAAAUUGCUUGCUUACGCGCAGGUACCUUUUCGAUUCGAGCUUCCACUCGAUUUGCGUCACAGUGGCACGAUCACAAAGUCCUGCGGAGGAACCACAAAAGGCAACCAUUGCAAUGGCAAAUAGCGGCUAUCAAAAUCCGAGUAAGCAGAUAUCGUCAUAA